CUCGCACACAGGCGAACACGAGAUGUUGAAGUUUCUCGCCGAAAGACAGGCGGAGAGACGAAUUUUGACUGUCUUACGAUGUCUCGAGAAACAUGUAUAUAACGAUUGCAACAUCGCUGCUGAGAUGUUGUAAUCUCUCUCCAUCACACUCAACUUCAUCAACAACAAGAUCAAUUCUACAGACAGUUCAUCUACAAGCAUCCCUAUCAAGAUUUGCCAUCUCCGACAUUACAUAAACUAUUUCUUACCUUAAAUCAUCAUGAUGAACAACAUCGUCUUUGCUUUGGCCAUGGCCUCCGUCGCCGUUGCGGCUCCUCUCAACGCUCGCCAGGACGCCUGUCAGGAUGCCUACAAGGCCUGCAUCGCGGCCGGUACCCCAGAGGUUGCCUGCUCAUGCACUCUGACCGCCUGCGUUGGUGAGGACAACGCUCGCAACCGCGAGUACUGCGCCUCCGCGACUGCCAACCUCCCCAAGCCUACCUCCACCGGCAUCCCCGGCGGCUGCAACCCGGCUCAUCCCGGAUCUUGCCCCUCCUCCUACUUCACCUACACCACUGCCACUGCCACCGCCGCCCCCGCACCAACUUUCACUUCCAUCUCCGGUAUCCCGGGUGGCUGCAACCCUGCUCACCCCGGAUCCUGCCCCUCGUCCUACUUCACGUACCCGACCCUCUCUGCCACCGCGGUACCCACUCCCGCACCCACCUCCGGAUCCGGCGGAAGCGCUCCCGCCUACCCCAACCCCAAGGCAGUUGAGGGCAAGACCUGGACGAUCAAGGAUAUGACCCGUUACUGCGGCGAGAAGAACGACGGCUGCGACUACAACUUUGCCAUUGAAGCCGAUGGCAAGACUGAGCGCUGCACUGUCAUCCGCAUGCCCGGUUCCAACGCGGCCACCGAGAGCUGGUCCGAUCAGCCCUGCACUUCCGGCUCCAACUUCAAGGUCUCAUGGGGCUACGUCGCCAACCCUGCCCCUGCUUUCGCCGUCGUGACCGUCGUCAAUGGCAAGGAGCUUGCUUGGUUUGGUGUCUCUGAUAUCAACGGCAAGCCUGUUACCACCGCUCCUUCCAGCCCCUUCGGCUCCGGACAGUUUGGCAACCUCGGCCCCGAGCAGGUUUACACCUAUUAAGCCGCUUUGACGGAUACGGCUUGAAAAUUGCAUAUAUGGAUACCAGCGACUUUUUAUUUUACGAUAUGACACAUCGAGGUAUAUGAUACGAAGCAUAGAGAACGCAACCGAAACUAGACACUCAUUAUGAUAAUGUUAAAUACUCAUGUACACCAAAUAUGUACAAAUACACAAUCCUUAAUCAUUCAGACU